AAAAGUUUUUAAAUGAUCAUUUCAGUGAAUGAAGGAAGUGUCAUCCAGUGUCCACUGGUCCCGUUUGAAAGAGUAACUGCUAUCUUUGUUACUCAAUCAACAAAUUAAUUAACUUUACUUGAAUAUAUCGAAUAUUCUGAAUUUCGGUUCAGCGGCAGGAUCCCGGGUUCGAUUCACGGACAUAGAAUCAACCCAGGCAUGGAGGGGUUAACUCACAGUGCCUCAUCUCAAGUAUGAAUUAAACAGGAGGGUUGUACCAGGAAGGGCAAAACCUGUGGCAAAUCAAGCAUGAAAGGAUGAUCUUUGCGUUUGGGGAAACAUGUUUACAUGUAUACAAGCAAGACAACUGUCUACAGCUUUUCCCUCAAUAAUAGACCGAGAAGACGAUGAUUUCCGAGGAGACCCGGGCUAGCGAGGAUAGCUAAGGGACCGUCUACAAAUUACGUUGAAGUUAAAUCAUUACUGCAAGUCAAGCCCUCAAGCAAGGUCCUUACCUGUCUACAGCUCAGUUUUAUUCAUGAGAAUAAAAAUCUAAGUUGCCCUGUGUAAGGAUAUUUAAAAAAUUCUGUAGAGGUAAAUUUUGUGGCAUUGAUUUUUAAACAAAUAUGCUUUCAGUUUGCUUUCUCUCUGCCUGAUGGUGAUUACACUGCAAUAAUAUCGCUGUCACGUGGCUGACUUUUGUCACAUUUCUCUAUAUUUUGUGAUCUGCAGUCCAGUAAACUUUUCUCACUUCUGUUUUGCUGUCACCCCUUCUAACCCCUUCAUAUUAAACAAGUGUCUUCCCUUUACCUUGCUAUCACUCAUUCUUUGCUUAAAAGAGAAAAUAAGAGCUAGUUUAAGUGUUUUAAAAAGAGGUAGGUCUUUGAAGACGGCCAGGGACUCAGCUGUUCAGACAUCUAGGGGAAGUUCAUUCCACCACCUUGGUGCCAGAAAAGAGAAGAGUCUAGAUGUACACCUCUCUUACCCUGAGAGAUGGUGGGAUCAGUCAAGCAGUGCUAGUAGAUCUGAGGGAGCAAGUUGCAGUGCGAGGAGUAAUCAGAGCUUUGAGGUUUACGUUACCACACAAUGUUUACACUAAUGAGUUUAAGUAUGUUGAACAUAUGAUGCCCACCAUGCGAUUAUGUGACUUCAUAUGUUUAACAUUACUGAAUCUCAUUAUUGUAAUGUGCUGCAAAGCGUGCAACACUGCUGAGUAUGAAAUUGAUGGGGAGUGCUGUCCAAUGUGUUCUCCUGGUCACCAUGUGUUUAAACACUGCGACAGUCAAUUAGGCACACAGUGUAAAGUGUGCACUGGAUCAACCUACACCGAUGUCCCGAACGGAUUAACGGCAUGUCUCCCCUGUGCUGUGUGUGAUGAAGGUAAUGGAGUACAUGUAAAGCAUAAGUGUUCGUACACUUCAGAUGCACUCUGUGAACCUUUGACAGGAUAUUAUUGUACAGAAACUCAGGGUGAGAGCUGCAGAAAAGCCCAAGAGCACUCCACCUGCCUACCUGGCCAAUACAUCUACCAGAACGGAACAGCUUUAAUGGAUACAGUAUGUCAGGACUGCCCAGAGGAGACAUAUUCAGAUGGUUCAUUUAUGCACUGCAAACCACAUACAAAAUGUGAGUCUUUGGGGCAGAUAACAAUCACACAGGGAACACAGCAGAGUGAUGCAGUGUGCAGCCAUCAACCGUCUAAUCUGGGCCUCAUUAUUGGGAUUUUGGUGCCAUCUCUACUGGUGGUGGUCAUAUUAAGUAUUUUACUUUGGAAGAAAAAGAAAACAUUUAACACACUGUAA